AUGCUGCCUGUGAGUUACACGAUUUAUACAAGUGGAAGCGUUGACAAGAACGGUUCUAUGCAGGUGCGACUGAAGUAUUUGUUCUUUCUGGCUACUGCUUUUGGCGGGAGCUUUCUCAUUCUAUCCAUCAAUAGGAUUGCCGAAGUUGUAUAUCCUAAUGAAGCAUCUAUCGAGAUCAAUCGGCAUAAAGUGCUCACGAGUGUUUUCAGUGAAAGUUAUACGAUAAAAACUAAUGGGUGUACUAUACCUGCUUUGAAACAUCUAGGGGAAGAAGUUAAAAAUCUUGUUAAAUAUCCGAAAGAGAUAAAACCCUGUCCGAAGUCCAGCCUUGCACUGCUAGCAAACAAUAGAACUCACAUCUGGGUGCGAAACGAAAACAAAGAACAUUAUAAUUUUACCAGCGAUAGAAACUUCGAUUGCUGUUACAAAUCCUUCUACCGUCCUUUGUAUAUCCAGGACAUCACAGCAACAUACAUCGAUAAUCGUGUAAAUUAUAGCGAAUGUAAUAAAUUCACAAACGUCAUAAAGGUGGCCGAUGAAUUCGUGAAAGUUGAAUGUAAUGUAGAUAAUGUUAAAGUUUAUCAACAAUAUUUUGCGUUCACACCAAAAAAGAAGCUAUCCUACGAUAUUCCGAUCAACAAAACAGCAUACAAUGUUAUUGUAAUGGGCAUUGAUGCUGUAUCAAGGCUUAAUUUUUACAGAACUAUGCCAAAUACAUUAAAAUUCUUGAGAGAAAACGGUGCUGUAGAAUUACAGGGCUACAACAAAGUUGGUGACAAUACAUUUCCAAAUUUAGUACCAAUGUUAAUGGGAUUUUCAGAACAAGCAUUAAACACUACUUGUAUUCCGCAUGAAGGAUCUUCUUUUGACAAUUGUCCCUUUAUUUGGGAAUAUUUCAAGCAGGCAGGAUAUUAUACAGCUUUUGGUGAAGACAGUUCUAGUCUUGGAACUUUUAAUUACGCACAAGCUGGAUUUAUUGGAACUCCCACUGAUUACUAUAUACAUACAUUUAUUAAUGAAGCAGAAAAUAAUGUGGGAGUUAAUAAAGAUUUCAAUUCUUUAUUAUGUAUGAAAGAAAAAUAUUUCUAUGCUGUAUUAUUGGAUUACAUAGAAAAUCUAACGUUAACUUUGAAAACAAACAAGUUGUUUGGAUUUUUUUGGGAGGUAACAAUGAGUCAUGAUUACCUUAACUAUCCAAUGGUGAUGGAUGACGAUUACGCACAAUUCUUCAAAAAACUAUCUGCUUCUGGCUAUUUAAAUGAUACAAUUGUAAUUCUUUUAAGCGAUCAUGGGAUAAGAUGGGGCGAAAUAAGAUCAACAAACCAAGGGCGACUAGAGGAACGUUUACCAUUUGUGUACAUGUUAACACCUCCCACAUUUCGUAAAAAGUACUACAGAGCGUACAACAAUUUGAAAAUGAACAGACAUCAUCUCACUACACCAUAUGAUAUACAUGCUACUCUAUUUGAUCUUAUCAACUUGGAACAAAUAGAAAAUGAAAUGAUCGAGCAUCGUAGCAAUCAAUUAUACUUGGCUCGCAAUAAAGGUAUAAGUUUGUUUUUACCAGUACCCGGAAACCGUACAUGUGCUAUGGCUUAUAUUAACGAUCAUUGGUGUACGUGCCACAAGGGGAAGAAACUAUCUGCUAGAAGUACAAAAGCAUUGGAAAUUGCUGGUCGGUUGGUACAAGAACUUAACUUGCUGAUGCAUGAUUACAGCCAAUGUGCUCGAUUGAAACUCGUUGAAGUAAUAGAGAUUACAGAAAUGGAAGUAAGUUCGCCAGAACAUGAUUUCGAGUGGAGGGAAUACAUGGUAGUAAUACGGACGGAGCCUGGUAAAGCGGUGUUUGAAGGAACCCUGAGAAACAACAGCGAAAUGUGGUCACUAGCCGGCACCGUUAGUCGCCUUAACCUUUAUGGUAGUCAGAGCCGUUGCAUUCACAACCAUAUACUUAAACUGUACUGCUACUGCAUCUAACAGAUUUACAUUUCGAACAAUAGCACUUGCAGCUUGCAGUUAACAUAGUGAUUAAUGAAAUAUCGGCCAAAUGCGAUUCGGACUCGCGCAGCAUUAUCUAUAAAAGCGGCAAACAGAAUAAUAUUUUAUUUUAUUCUGUUUUUUUAGUAAUUAAGUAUUUGUUGUUAUAGCGGCAACAGAUAUACAUCAUCUGAAAAUUUCAUCCGUCUAACCAUCCCGGUUCAUUAGAUACAGUUUGGUGACGUUGAAGGAGCAUAUUUUUCGUUUCUCAUCAUAUGACCAAAGUACUUACUCCAUCUCACACGGUUGUGCAUUAUC